ACAAUGAGAUCAAUCGUAUUCUGCAUACUAGCCCUUGCCGCAGUCCAGGUCCGGUCGAAGCCGUCCGCCAACGCGCCCGAUCCGAAACCACUCGACGACCUCCUCACGAAAAUGGAGGGCUUGCAGAACUCCCUCAAGAAGAUGCUGCCGAACGGGAGGGACGUCUCGAAGUCGGUGAUCUUUCUCUCCGAGGACAUAGCGAGGAACGUCGAGAAGUUCACGAAGACCAUCAACUCGCAGGAGAUCAUCGGGAACGUGGAGAGGGACAUCACGCUGCAGCUCGCCAACUUCGUCGACCAGGUCAGCGCGCUGAUGGGCGGAGUCAUAACGGAAUCGGCGAAGAAGUCGUUCGCGAACAUUGAGCAGCAGGCGAACAGCAUCUGCACCGAAGCGCAGGCGCUGCAGAAAUCCAUACAGACCAGUCUCGAAGAUGCCCAGCAGCAAAUGGCGAGUCUUGUGAUGAACUUCUACAAGUACAUCUCGACAGCUGGCAACCGUUUGAAGGCUGAAGUCGAAGCCAUUCUUCAAUAACCUGGUGCGA